GGCGCUUUUGAUUGAAAUGUCUCGUGUCCGGUUAGGUUCCACCUAGCCACAGCUAAGUGUCACUGUCAACUACUUAUUGUUUUAAACUUAUCUACUAUGGGAGGGAAAAAAAAGACAACUGCCCAUCAACCACGAGUUAAAGAAAAUUCUAAACCUACCAGCAGCGACAAGGCCACUAGGUUUUUGGUUAAACAGACUGGGGGUUUAGGGAUACCUUCAACAUAUCUUUUGAAUGCUGAAUUAAAAAAUGUCACGCUGAAUUCUGAUGAUCUGAAAACAGAAAAUUGUCAAGGAAAGUUAACUGGGUUUGUUCCUAUCCUUCAAGAUCCAGAUGCAUCUGGUCUUGAUUCACACCUUCUAAAUAUUUUAAAACGUCUGGAAAAGCGCGACUCAGUUACCAAACAAAAGGCAUUACGCGAAUUCUGUGAACUUCUCCAACCCGAGUUAAAUCAAUCGGAAUGCGUUUCUCUGAGUACAAGCUCAGUUGUUGCUGUUUUACCAUUUUGGCCAAGAAUUUACCAUCAUCUUUCGUUUGAUAGAGACAGGAAAGUUCGUGAACUUGUUCAAACAACUAUGCAUGCACUUGCCUCGCGUGUUGGCAAGGAUUUAUGCCUGUACCUAAAGCAGAUCGUUCCAAUUUGGACUUUCUCAACAGUUGAUACCUAUGAGUCAGCAGCUUUAUUUGCGAAUAAAGGAUUAUGUGAUACUUUUCCCGGGAAGAAACUAAUAGACGUUCACUGUUUGUGCUCUAAACAACUCCUAGAUAUGGUUGAAACUCAGCUAUCUGAACUGACACAAAGGUGUACAGAUCGACAGUCAUUUUCUCAAUCGAAACGUGGUUCACCGGUGAAGAAUAGUGAUAAUCCUGCGGGCAGUUCCACUACGGAGUCAUCGUCUUACUAUUUUGACCUUUCAUCAACUUUACGUUUCUUGGCCUCUUUUGUUGGUAAUCUGAUUCAUCUUUCAUCAGAUCACAAACAACUGAUUCGCCUAAAAAUGUUGUUAUGUCCUGAAGGUAUCUGGGAUAAAGUGGCACAUUGUUUAAAAGCUCUUAGGGAUGAACAAAAGCCAAAUCGGUUGGAUCAAACCUGCGGGACACUGUCUGGAGCUUGUAUUGCUGUGUACAAAUUGUGUUCAGUUUUAUGUCGUAGCCCUUCUUGGUGUCGAUGGAUGAAAGAAACAAAUGAUGGAAAAGCUCUGGGUGAAUAUAUCAGUAAUAUAACAGUUGGUUCACUUGGUGUUCCUUGUGGACUACUUAGAAAUACAUUGGCCAGUGAUUCGGUUGACAAUUCCACUACUUUUGAUCUUAGCAAUGGUGUAUAUUCUUCACUAUGGGAUGCGACUUUGGCUUGUUUAACUGGAUUAUCCGGUCAAUUUGUGUGGUCUGUCGUGGAUUGGGAUCAAGUGUUUGUUGCGAGAUUGGAAAAUAUUUUAAAUUAUUCAGAGAAGAAUCAAGCUAAGCAGGCUUAUAUACACCUACUUUGUCUUUUAAAUGAAUUUCCUCUGGAUUAUUCAGAUCUAAAAAAUCAUGAGUUGGAAAUAUUAGAAAAACUUUUUAUCGACUCAACUUUGCUCGGGGUACACCGCUCACUUGGUUACGUGACCCUUUCAGAUGAUAGCUGCAACGAAACUGGUUCAUGUCUUCCAGAUGAUCCGGAUUUAUCAAUCGUUGUAGCCAAAGGCACUAUGGAAUGUGCGAGAUAUCUUGUUGAUAGAUUACUAACACCCAUGGGGGAUGAGCACAGAAAAGAGGUUCUUUUAGCCAAAAAGAUGUAUUCACAGGUGAUUAUGCGUCUCUUUUCUGACUGUCUUAUUACACAUACACGAGCCAAUAACUCUCCACAUUUGGUUUGCAGUCGUCCACCACUUUCAAGGCAAUCUUAUUUAAAUGUUAUCUUCGAUCAAACUGCAAAGUUUUGCAAUAAUAUUGCUCAAUCUAAUCAUCAUUUAAAAAUAAAAAUGUAUGAUGAAUUAAGAAAUACUUUAUUGAAAUGGAUUUCUUUAGAAAAAUCAGACGAAUUCAUAGCACCAAUAAUUGAUGGCAAAGUGAAUCGUAUGUUUAUCGGAAUUGUUGAUCCGUUACGCUUGAUCAGCUUCGUGGAUCAUUUAGCUAAAUCAAGUAUUCAGAAAGCUAACCGAUAUACACCUACUGAUUCGAAAAUUUCACAGAGAGUCGAUAAUAAAAUGAGUCAUAAUGAUUUGACUGUUACUGUGCAAACAGAUUGGUGCAUUAAUCUAUUUCACAGAAUUAAUGAUAUAUUAUUAAAUAAUAUACAAUAUGAAAAUGUUUCUGAAAACAAUUUAAAUGAUAGUUUUCAUGUUUUGCUAUUUCUAUGCAUCUACGGUCAUCUCCCUUUCAUGUCAUUCUCUGUUCCAUGUAUUCUUCGAAAAAUAUUUUCCUCACUUUUAUCCAAACUACCUCGUGAAGUGCAUGCAGUUUGUUGGUCUUAUCCAGCUAUUCAAGGUUUAGCCAAUUUGUGGGUUCUUACUUCAGAAGAUAUUGAUAAUGAAGCAGAAAUCCCCACUGAUUCAUCGGUUUGCUUAUUAUUCACUAACAACGUACUUCCGCAGUUGAUUCUAUCAUCACCAAAUCUAAGAAAUUUUUUCGAUUCAGUCGGUGUCUCCACAAAAUUAUUAUCGAAUCGUAUUAGCAACACAUUAUGUUUUUGGGCACAGGUAUGGUUUGAUAAAGUAAUUAGUAGUGAUGAAAUUCCUGCUUCAACGGUUGUCGUACCAUACAUGUAUAAUCUACAUUCUUUAAUAAUAAAUUCUCUCCACCAUAUAUCAAGCAGCAGUAGUGUUAAUAAUGAUUCUGAUUCACCUGAGAUUGUUAUCCCUGUCCGGUUGGUUGAAACAUUAUGUACUUGUCUGAAGCGACGCUACGAAAAUAUGUUGUUCUGUGAUUACGUCAAUUAUACUGUCACUAGUUCAUCAGAAUUAAGAAUUAUUGGAAGCUUGCUAAUUCAUCUUCUACGUAUGAUCAAUAACAACAAUGUAUUCAGUUCAUCUUGUUUAGAUUAUCUUCAUUUAUUAUUGACAAAAAUUCUGUUUUGUUCAUAUAGCACUAGUGCUUUCGUUAAAAUUAAAGAAUCCUCAGAUGCUUUACAUUCAUCAGAAUCUACCGUCGAUGAUCAUUUGUCUUCUGGUAUUAGUUUAACUUCAGUCACUAAUCAUGAUAACCUGCAUGAUGAUGAUACUAAUGGUGACGUUGUGUUUAAUUUCAAAGAAUUAAUUGAUCAAUCGGAGUUAAUUAUUUUAAAACGAUUAAGUCUCGAAGAAUGGACAGAUUGUAAUGAUGAAAGUUUCUUUAGUCAAUUCUCUAAUCUACUUUUUAGGAACACCGUUUCUUCAAAAUUUGGCACUCCAUUAUUUUAUGAUUUCGCUUCACGUAUUUAUUCAACUGUACAAAAUAAACCAAAUUCUUCAUCUUUCACUUCAAACUUUUCUAUGCUCUGGCUAAAAUAUUUGAUCAAACAUGUAAAUAUUGUUCUAGAAGCUGUUGUAAAGUUGUACCCUUUGCCUGAAGCUUUCUUUAUUUCACGACACCUUAUACAAAAUCAUAGCAUUUGUCCGUCAUUCGUAUUGCCGGAUUUCGGUCAAUUAGUUCGUUUACAUCAGUUAGGUUUAUUGUUACGUCUUCAUGUACAAUUUAUGUCAAACGAUAACGAUGUUUGUUCAACUCAAUAUUUACUAUGUCUUGGAUUUAUACGUGUCUGGAUAUCAAGUUUUUGCGAACCACUGGAUUUAUAUACUGAUAUUGGUUGGCUUUCACAACAAACAGAUUUAAAUGAAUUGAAAGUGAAUGGUCAGCUUGAACAUUACGAACCAUCAGUGUCUGCGGCUGAAAAAAGUAGAUUGUUCCUUGCUAAAACAUUGGGCUCAUUCUGGCAUGAAUUUACAGCUGGCUACCCACUUUCUCGUCUCUUGAGCUUAUCAUCGCCAAAUGCUUUGAAAUCCAUUGUUGCAUUAGAGUCACAAACUUAUUACAUUUUACAGUCAACGAUAAACAGUUUGUUACUGAAUCGUUUACGUACUAUGCAUCCCAAUUUAUGGCCUAAUGAUAUCAAACUUGCAGCUAGUUGCAGUGAUGAUGAUAACCAGAAAUUAACUUGGAUUGACAUGUAUUUGCCACUUAAUUCAUGUACAGAAAAAAAUUCGGUUAAAAUGCAGUUCAACAGGUGUAUAGAACUUUAUUUACCUGCAGGUGUUAUUCGUCGUUGUCUUCCGAGACAAGAAUUGUUCGGUCGAUUAAAAAGUUUUUCCUUAUCUAUUGGAGAAUACAGUUCAUCAGAUUUAAGCGAUCAGCAACUAAAAUCUCAUGCGUAUAUCAUUGAGUUGAUUUCAAGUCUUGUAAAUGUUCGUGCCACUGCACCUAUUUACCUUACAACAUUUUCUUCUAUUAUUUUAGAGGAUUAUCGAACAUGGCUAGCUAAUUUAACUGGCUCUAUCACUGAGGAUAAAACUAUGUGCUUACAAUCACCAUCAGUCUUUAAUAUAUGUCUUUCAGUAAUGAAUUACCUUGAAUGUCUGUUAUUGUUAUGGCAGCCUUGGCAAUGGAGCGUCGUAGAAUCUGAAAAAUCUCCAAUCUCUGUUAAACUUGGUCUUGUUCAGUUGAGUACGAGAAUGCGUCAAUUAAGACCUUCCUUAUCUACUGAACAGUGGGAUUUUAUUCUUUGUUGGACUGUGAGUUGGGUUUAUUCAGUUGUCCAUUAUUUUUGUCUCUCAUCUAGUCCUGGUUUCGAAAGAACUCUAUAUGAUUUACUUGCUACUCGAGUGUUUCGGAUGUCUGCUGCCCUUGGUGCUAUUUUCAUUGAACGUUAUUCAUAUUUGUCUGUGUCGGAUUGCAUCAUUUUAAAAGAAACUAAUCCAAGUAAAAGAGUGAUGCAAUCAGAUAACAUGGAUGUAAAUGAUGUUGAUGAGUGUGAAGAUGAGGAACCUGUAAAUGAGUUUUUCGACGAAGAAGAACAUGCAAGAAUAUUUUCUGACGUUCAAUAUAAUAGUAAUGACCAGUCUAAAGACAUUUCUUCAGAAACUAUGACUAUGGACUUCGAAGAAGAAUCGGAAACCGAGGUUAUUCAGAUGGGUACAGAAGAAGAUCCUGACUUAGAUGACGAAGAGUAUAUGUAUAGUGUUUUUGCAAAAGGACUACCUCUCAUACCUCGUCGAGCAGAGGCACCUCUACAAGUUCGGAAUGACUGGGGAAAGUUCUUUGCUCCUGAUCUCUACUCUACACUCUUGAAACUUGUUUUAAGAAGCUGCAUCCCGUCGGAACACGGUAGAUCUCAGGCUGUCCUUGAUACCGAUAUCCACCUCCAGGCUCUAUGCGCUACGUUUGCUACUUGUCCUGUUAAUCAUCUAGUAACUGCAUUCAGUAAUCAACCUUCAUUGAUUUUUGAGUGCUUGAAUGAUUUCCAGUUAAAGAUAGGUCAGCCUUGCGUGAUAAGUCAACUUUUCUCCUCUAAGAUUGGGUCUGUAAAUGAUUAUACUAUCGGGUUUCGUGCUAGUCUAGAUAUGGCUUGCAAAUUAGUUGCUUACUCACCUCAUCAAUCCGGUCAACUUCUCGGUUACAUCCUACUAAAUAGACUCGCUGGAACUCGUUUACUACAAGGCAACAAUAAAACUUCAGUUUCUAUAGUCAGUUAUAUGAUACGUCGCAUUCCAUCCUCUUGGAUGUCGGCUUUAUCCGGCCUGUUACCUCCCUCUAUUGAGAAGUACUUGCAAAGUGAGGUAGCUACGGAUCAUUGGGGCCGUGGUAGUUCAAGCUUAUUGUACUUGAUUGAUUUCUCUAAUUCCGGCUGGACAGUCAAUUGUCGAUCUCAUCAAGCUCUCCUUGGUUAUUUGUUAGCUUGGGAUAGUUUGUUAAGUCUGAUGACUUGUGGCGGACCCCAGACUCGAGCUUCUCUACAAAACGCCUUGUUGAGUUCAUCAGCCACUAUUUUCGACAGGUUCAUGCUCAUAAUCGGUUUACUUCUUCCACCACCAGGAGAUUUAGAAGAUUAUAUAAAUACUUUUUGUAGACUGGAGCCUGACGAACGCCUUUUACUCCCUAACUCAACAUCUCGUGCCUAUCUUACAGCUGCUUUAACUGUGUUUUGUUCACGUCGCUAUAGUAAACGCCCCGUUAACUUGGUAACUCCAAUAUCUUCCGGAGAUGAUAGUGAGUGGCGGGAUGCCUUUUCUCCUGACGACUCACUUAUCCGUAUCCCUGGGCACAGAGUAGCAACGGAUAUUAACCACUUGGCAGUGAGGCUGUUUCGCCGUUUUCUUUCAGAAGCUCCGGCCUUGGUGCGUGCAUGGCAUACACAACUUACUUCUUCAUCAAGUUUUAAACAAAGUCUAUCUACACAAGCCAGUCCACUUGCUACACACCGACCUGGUCGCUUACGUCAAUUAGCUGGUACCAUUGAUAAGAUUGUGUCGAAAUAUUUCUCGUCCAGACUAUCUCGAGAUGAAGUUGUUCUAGUUCAGUAUCGUUCAUAUCUUCGAAUGUUAAAGAAAGAACGGACUUCUUCGAAAGGUCUAUUUUCUUUGCUUAAAAGUUCUGCUGAAGUGGGAAGCGUUCAAAUAAAAGGUCGCCCUUUAUCACAUGAAAUUAUUGCCACAUAUUAUGUGGAUGAUGAACAUUCAAUGGAAAUGAUAAUUCAAUUGCCAAACAACUAUCCCUUAAGUCCAAUUACUAUUAGUAAAGGGCGUAGCGUUGGAGUUGGCAGUCAACAGUGGCAGUCAUGGAUUUUGCAAAUGUCCGUUUUUAUUAAUAACCAUAACGGAUCAAUCUUAGAUGGUAUCGAUUUGUGGCAAAGUAAUGUUCGGAAAAAAUUCGAUGGUGUUGAAGAAUGUCCAAUUUGUUACUCGAUUGUGCAUAACACAAAUUUCAGUUUGCCCAAAAUGCGAUGUCACACCUGUCGCGCAUUAUUUCAUUAUGCUUGUAUGUACAAAUGGUUUACGACCAGUCGAAAUCCUGCUUGUCCAUUGUGUAGACACUUGUUUAUUGAUCCAACCGGUCGUCCUACAUCAACGUAAUAUCCAAAAAAAUCCAAUUAGUGAAAAUAAACCCAGAAAAUUUAAUGUUUAAUUUAUUCAUCAAUCAUUUGUUUCAUCCACUCAUCAUACAUCCUGUUUUAUGUGAAUUUUGAAAGGGGUUACUCUUUUUAUUUUUAAGUAGUUAACCUAUUAUAUUGUUUCUUAAUUAUUCUGUAGAACAUAAAUUAUCUGUAUUUUCCGGAUGCGAAAUGAGUAUCAGCUUUCUGUAUGGUGAUUGACUUUCUGGGAAAUUGUACAAAUAUCUUGGGCAUCCUUGUACUCCUGUAUUUUGAAUUUAAUGAUACUUUUAUUUUUUCAUUAUGAGUGGCUGUCACUCUUUUCCGUAAUAUUACACAAGGCUGCAUUUUUUCA